ACUGCGAAGAAAAGCACAGCUGCAAUGAUCGUGUCUACCACAGAUGAUGUGAUGCGGUCGCUGGAGGUGACGGGAGUGCUGGCCACCAUCACCGCCGACCGUCUCUUCCACUCUGUGCACGACGCCGUCACGUUACUCGGUGUAGAAAACGCAUCGGGAUCAGAAAACGACGCAGUUCUGAUGGGUCUGCUCAGCUUGGGCUCGGUGACUGUGUUCUUCAACGACAUGUUGGUAUCGGGCUUCAGUACGGGAGCUGCAGUACACGUCUUAGUGUCCCAACUAAAGGACGUUUUUGCCGUCAAAGUUACUCGAUUUUCGGGACCUUGUAACAUUAUUUAUACUGUGCUAGACGUCAUCCAGAAACUGCCCACAGCCAACGUAGCGGCCGUCAUCAUAUCUGCUAUUUCGAUGUUUUUGCUCUCAGUCAACAACGAACAGUUGAAGCCGCGUCUUGCCAAGUUCACGAGAAUACCUGUUCCUAUCGAGUUGAUCGUAGUCGUCAUCGGCACAACGGUGUCUUACUGCGUCGACUUGAACGCCAAAUACAAUGUUCAAAUCGUUGGUGAUAUUCCUACUGGGUUGCCAAUGCCCGCCAUGCCGCCGUUUUCCCUGGCGGCGGCCGUGGCGGUUGACUGCCUUGUCAUUGCCAUCAUUGCGUACGCAGGAUCCUUCUCCCUCGCCAAGAUAUUCGCCAUCAAACACAACUAUGAAGUUGAUGCAAACCAGGAGCUGUAUGCCAUGGGCAUCGGCAACAUCUUCAGUUCGUUCUUCUCGUGCGGACCAAUGGCGGCGUCAAUCACCAGAGUCCUGAUCCAGGAGAGCGCUGGCGGCAUGACGCAGAUCGCUGGCCUGGUGUCUGCCUUCGCCAUCUUCUGGGUGUUGCUCUUCAUAGGGCCUGUACUUGAAGUGCUGCCUAAGGCCUGCUUGGGAAGCAUCAUCGUGGUGGCCAUGAAAGAUAUGCUUGUUAAGGUUUUUGACAUGAUUGCCAU